AUGGCGGCGCUCAUCGGGCAUGGUUCGCUUGUGAAUGCUUUAAAAUGUUCCACCGCUAUCCUCGCUGUGAACACGACGAGCCUACGAUACGAUGUAACACGUUUCAAGAGCAAGAGACCGCAGAAGAGGCCAGUCACGGCGAAACACACGUUCGAGAACGAGAAACGGUCCCUCACUUGCAAGGGAUUUUUGAGGUAUCAAACAGCUUAUGAUCCACCGAAAGAUGUGUCCGAGCGAAUAAACAAAAUCUGCGACGCGCACCAAAUUCCGAGUAUCAAUGAAGCGAAGCUGGAGGAUUCGUUGCAACGCUUCAAUAUUUUCCUGGCUUGCGAACAAGAAUUUCAACAUCCGAUAAUGAAUUCGGUAUUAUAUAGCAUUGAAACAGUCGGAGAUUUGAAAGAAUAUUACGAAACAGCAGUGAAUAAUGUGACCCCGUUGGAUGUUAUGCGCUCUAUGGAUUUACCGAAGAAUUUACAUGUUAAUUAUGAUUAUACGCGAUAUCAUCCUGAUACGGACACGAUGUUCAAUGGGAAAACUGCGUUCCCGAAAAGCUCUACUUUGGUAACUGGGCUGAAAUACAAGAAGAAAUAUCCUGGGCAUCAACAAGAAGAUCCCUAUUUAGACUUGUUGCUUAAGAUUUAAGAAACAAUUGUACAAAAUAUAAAUAAACCUAAGCUUCGUAGUUCCUGUA